AUGGUGCUGAUUCACAGUUUUUCCUCCUUUUACCCAUUCAAUUUUUCCUCCUUCAUUCCCCAUCAAUUUUUUCUUCAUUCCUCCCCCCAUCCAUUUUAUCUUCCUUCAUUCAGCAUCCAUUUUUUCCUUCAUUUCCCAUCCAGUUUUUCUUCCUUUAUUCCCAAACCAUUUUUUCUUCCUUCAUUCCCAAACCAGUUUUUGAUUCCUUCAUUCCCAAACCAAUUUUUGCUUCCUUCAUUCCCAAACCAGUUUUUGCUUCCUUCAUUUCCAAACCAGUUUUUGCUUCCUUCAUUUCCAAACCAGUUUUUCUCUUUCAUUUCCCAUCCAUUGCUAUCUCCUUUAUUUGCUCAUCUAUUGUUUUCUCCUUCAUUCCACAUUAGGCUUUUUUUUCUUUCAUUUCUCAACCAGCUUUUUUCCUUCAUUCCCCAUCCAGGUUUUCUUCCUUCGUUCACAAUCAAUUAUUUCUUCAUCCCUUUCCCAUCCAUUUUAUCUUCUUUCAUGCCUACUCCAGUUUUAAGCCUGUCCAUAUUUUUUCAUAUACAAACCAGUUUUUCUACCUUCCUUCUUCAUCCAUUUUUCCUCCUUCAUUCUCCCAUCCAUUUUUUUUCUCAUUUAUUACCCAUCUAUUUCUCUUCCUUCAUUCCCCAUCCAUUUUCUCUUCCUUCAUUCCCCAUCCAUUUUUCUUCCUUUAUACCCCAUCCAUUUUUUUACUUCAUUCCCCGUCCAUUUUCUCUUCCUUCAUUUCCCAUCCAUUUUUCUUCCUUCAUUCCUCAUCCAUUUUCUCUUCCUUCAUUCCCCAUCCAUUUUCUCUUCCUUCAUUCCCCAUCCAUUUUCUCUUCCUUCAUUCCCCAUCCAUUUUUCUUCCUUUAUUCCCCAUCCAUUUUUUUACUUCAUUCCCUGUCCAUUUUUUUACUUCCUUCAUUCCUCAUCCAUUUUCUCUUCCUUCAUUCCCCAUCCAUUUUCUCUUCCUUCAUUCCCCAUCCAUUUUCUCUUCCUUUAUUCCCCAUCCAUUUUUUUACUUCAUUCCCCGUCCAUUUUUUUUACUUCCUUCAUUCCUCAUCCAUUUUCUCUUCCUUCAUUCCUCAUCCAUUUUCUCUUCCUUCAUUCCCCAUCCAUUUUCUCUUCCUUCAUUUCCCAUCCAUUUUUCUUCCUUUAUUCCCCAUCCAUUUUUUUUUUACUUCAUUCCCUGUCCAUUUUUUUUUUUCCCACUUCCUUCAUUCCUCAUCCAUUUUCUCUUCCUUCAUUCCCCAUCCAUUUUCUCUUCCUUUAUUCCCCAUCCAUUUUUUUUACUUCAUUCCCCGUCCAUUUUUUUUACUUCCUUCAUUCCUUAUCCAUUUUCUCUUCCUUCAUUCCUCAUCCAUUUUCUCUUCCUUCAUUCCCCAUCCAUUUUUCUUCCUUCAUUCAUUCCCCAUCCAUUUUCUCUUCCUUCAUUCCCCAUCCAUUUUUCUUUCCUUUAUUCCCCAUCCAUUUUUUUUCCUUCAUUCCCCAUCCAUUUUUUUUUUUUACUUCCUUCAUUCCUCAUCCAUUUUCUCUUCCUUCAUUCCCCAUCCAUUUUCUCUUCCUUUAUUCCCCAUCCAUUUUUUUACUUCAUUCCCCAUCCAUUUUUUUACUUUCUUCAUUCCUCAUCCAUUUUCUCUUCCUUCAUUCCUCAUCCAUUUUCUCUUCCUUCAUUCCCCAUCCAUUUUCUCUUCCUUCAUUCCCCAUCCAUUUUCUCUUCCUUCAUUCCCCAUCCAUUUUUUUUCCUUUAUUCCCCAUCCAUUUUUUUUUUACUUCAUUCCCCGUCCAUUUUUUUACUUCCUUCAUUCCUCAUCCAUUUUCUUCCUUCAUUCCCCAUCCAUUUUCUCUUCCUUUAUUCCCCAUCCAUUUUUUUACUUCAUUCCCCGUCCAUUUUUUUUUUUUUACUUCCUUCAUUCCUCAUCCAUUUUCUCUUCCUUCAUUCCUCAUCCAUUUUCUCUUCCUUCAUUCCCCAUCCAUUUUCUCUUCCUUCAUUUCCCAUCCAUUUUUCUUCCUUCAUUCCUCAUCCAUUUUCUCUUCCUUCAUUCCUCAUCCAUUUUCUCUUCCUUCAUUCUCCAUCAAUUUUAUCUUCCUUCAUUCCUCAUCCAUUUUCUCUUCCUUCAUUCCCCAUCCAUUUUUCUUCCUUUAUUCCCCAUCCAUUUUUUUACUUCAUUCCCCGUCCAUUUUUUUUACUUCCUUCAUUCCCCAUCCAUUUUCUCUUCCUUCAUUCCACAUCCAUUUUCUCUUCCUUCAUUCCCCAUCCAUUUUUCUUCCUUUAUUCCCCAUCCAUUUUCUCUUCCUUCAUUUCCCAUCCAUUUUUCUUCCUUUAUUCCCCAUCCAUUUUUUUACUUCAUUCCCCGUCCAUUUUUUUUACUUCCUUCAUUCCUCAUCCAUUUUCUCUUCCUUCAUUCCCCAUCCAUUUUCUCUUCCUUUAUUCCCCAUCCAUUUUUUUACUUCAUUCCCCGUCCAUUUUUUUUACUUCCUUCAUUCCUCAUCCAUUUUCUCUUCCUUCAUUCCUCAUCCAUUUUCUCUUCCUUCAUUCCCCAUCCAUUUUCUCUUCCUUCAUUUCCCAUCCAUUUUUCUUCCUUCAUUCCUCAUCCAUUUUCUCUUCCUUCAUUCCUCAUCCAUUUUCUCUUCCUUCAUUCUCCAUCAAUUUUAUCUUCCUUCAUUCCUCAUCCAUUUUCUCUUCCUUCAUUCCCCAUCCAUUUUUCUUCCUUUAUUCCCCGUCCAUUUUUUUUACUUCCUUCAUUCCCCAUCCAUUUUCUCUUCCUUCAUUCCCCAUCCAUUUUCUCUUCCUUCAUUCCCCAUCCAUUUUUCUUCCUUUAUUCCCCAUCCAUUUUCUCUUCCUUCAUUCCCCAUCCAUUUUUCUUCCUUUGUUCCCCAUCCAUUUUCUCUUCCUUCAUUCCCCAUCCAUUUUUCUUCCUUCAUUCCCCAUCCAUUUUUCUUCCUUUAUUCCCCAUCCAUUUUUUUACUUCAUUCCCUGUCCAUUUUUUUUACUUCCUUCAUUCCCCGUCCAUUUUUUUUACUUCCUUCAUUCCCCAUCCAUUUUCUCUUCCUUCAUUCCCCAUCCAUUUUUCUUCCUUCAUUCCCCAUCCAUUUUUUUUACUUCCUUCAUUCCCCAUCCAUUUUCUCUUCCUUCAUUCCCCAUCCAUUUUUCUUCCUUCAUUCCCCAUCCAUUUUUUUACUUCAUUCCCCGUCCAUUUUUUUUACUUCCUUCAUUCCUCAUCCAUUUUCUCUUCCUUCAUUCCCCAUCCAUUUUCUCUUCCUUCAUUCCCCAUUCAUUUUCUCUUCCUUUAUUCCCCAUCCAUUUUUUUACUUCAUUCCUCGUCCAUUUUUUUUACUUCCUUCAUUCCUCAUCCAUUUUCUCUUCCUUCAUUCCCCAUCCAUUUUCUCUUCCUUCAUUCCCCAUCCAUUUUCUCUUCCUUCAUUCCCCAUCCAUUUUUCUUCCUUUAUUCCCCAUCCAUUUUUUUUUUCAUUCCCCGUCCAUUUUUUUUACUUCCUUCAUUCCCCAUCCAUUUUCUCUUCCUUCAUUCCCCAUCCAUUUUCUCUUCCUUCAUUCCCCAUCCAUUUUCUCUUCCUUUAUUCCCCAUCCAUUUUUUUACUUCAUUCCCCGUCCAUUUUUUUUACUUCCUUCAUUCCCCAUCCAUUUCCUCUUCCUUCAUUCCCCAUCCAUUUCCUCUUCCUUCAUUCCCCAUCCAUUUUUUUUACUUCAUUCCCCGUCCAUUUUUUUUACUUCCUUCAUUCCCCAUCCAUUUUCUCUUCCUUCAUUCCCCAUCCAUUUUCUUCCUUCAUUCCCCAUCCAUUUUCUCUUCCUUCAUUCCCCAUCCAUUUUUCUUCCUUUAUUCCCCAUCCAUUUUUUUUUUACUUCAUUCCCGUCCAUUUUUUUACUUCCUUCAUUCCCCAUCCAUUUUCUCUUCCUUCAUUCCCCAUCCAUUUUCUCUUCCUUCAUUCCCCAUCCAUUUUUCUUCCUUCAUUUCCCAUCCAUUUUUCUUCCUUCAUUCCCCAUCCAUUUUUUUUACUUCCUUCAUUCCUCAUCCAUUUUCUCUUCCUUCAUUCCCCAUCCAUUUUCUCUUCCUUUAUUCCCCAUCCAUUUUUUUACUUCAUUCCCCGUCCAUUUUUUUUACUUCCUUCAUUCCUCAUCCAUUUUCUCUUCCUUCAUUCCCCAUCCAUUUUCUCUUCCUUCAUUCCCCAUUCAUUUUCUCUUCCUUUAUUCCCCAUCCAUUUUUUUUUACUUCAUUCCCCGUCCAUUUUUUUUUUUUUACUUCCUUCAUUCCUCAUCCAUUUUCUCUUCCUUCAUUCCCCAUCCAUUUUCUCUUCCUUCAUUCCCCAUCCAUUUUCUCUUCCUUCAUUCCCCAUCCAUUUUCUCUUCCUUCAUUCCCCAUCUACUUUUUUUCCCUCAUUCCCUAUCCAUUUGUUCCCUUUCCAUUUGUAUUUUUUCAUUCUCCAUUCAUUUUCUCUUCAUGCUUUCCUCAUUUAUUUUUCCUUCCUUCGUUCACCAAUUUUCAGUCUAUGAAACUGGCUUGUGAACCACUUCACCAAGAAAAUUCCCUUUAUUUCAAUAAUAAUGAAAGGAGAGUUUCCCUGGAAGACCACAAGACAUUUACAGAAAGCCCGGUGAUUAGUACGAACUGUGAUAGACGAGAUGCUGCCUUGGAGAACCACAAACAAUUUAACGGUAAGGCAUAUCUUGCUUUUGUAGCUCCUAUUUCCUGUUUCUCUUUCUUUCUUUUUUUUUCUUCUUUGUUUUGUUUUGUGUUUGUUUUCUUUUUCUUUGCUCUGCUUUUAUGCUUUAUUUUCUCUUUCCUUUUUCUGUUUUUGCUUUCUCUUUUUUCUUGUUGUUUUCUUUCUUUUUCUCUUUCCUUUUAUGAUUUCUUUUACUCAUUUUUGUUGUCUUUUUUCUUUCAUCUUUCUAUUUUUCAUUUUCUCUUUUUUUUCUCUUCUUUUUUAUUCUUUUUGUCUUUGCUUUUAUUUUUCACUUUCUUUCUGUUUUUUUCUCUGCAUUUCUCCUUGCCUUUUUUCUUUCUUUCUUUCUCUCUCUCUCUCUCUCUCUCUCUCUCUCUCUGA